AUUCACGAUAAUCUUAGACACUCAUUCUUCAUCAAACACCUCUAUGAUGGCACAAAAUCAAACACAUAACGCUCUUGUUUUGAAAUCAGUGAUCGUGGCUAUCACAUUGGCCAUGUUAUGUGGUUGUGGAAUGGCUCAAUCAUCUUCAGGAUGCACGAAUGUGAUCAUUAGCAUGUCACCUUGCCUUAACUACAUCACUGGAAACUCGUCAACCCCCUCUUCAGGGUGUUGCACCCAAUUGGCUAGUGUGGUUCGUUCACAACCAAAGUGCUUGUGUGAGGUCCUAAACGGUGGUGGCUCGUCCCUAGGUCUUAACAUUAACCAAGCGCAGGCCCUUGAGUUGCCUAAGGCAUGUAACGUUCAAACACCACCAACCAGUGAAUGCAACGCGUCAUCUCCCGGCAACUCUCCAACAACAACACCAUCUUCUUCAUCUCCAAACAACCCGUCGGAUACGGGUCGUGGAUCGAAUUCGGUCCCAUCAACAAACGAUGGUUCAUCGGAUGCGGUUUCUAUCAGAUUGGCAACCAUCCCACUUCUAUCUUUAAUAGUUUCAGCAUAUGCUACCACUUUCUAAGUUAUGAGAGACGGUGACCUACUAUGAGCUUUGAUAUUUGCUUUUUCAUCAUCUUUAUUUUGCAUAAUUUUGAAUUCGAUCAACAAUACAUUGUUUUGUUUAAGAAAUGAGGGUUUCAUAUGGUUAUAAUG